CUUGGAUAUGCGUGAAACGAUUGGCACGCAGUUUUAUUGAAAGCAGCAGAGGGUGCCAGUCUUAUCGGAAACGAUCCUCGAUCGGGGCUGGUGUUUUCGGAGCCCGACAGGAUAGUGCUUCCGGCAGACAGACAUAACCUGCAGGUAGAUAAUAGAAUCCAUUGCAAAAGUCAGUGAUAUAUGCAGAUUGCUCUCGCACCGGCUGAAAUUCGAGUGAGAAGCAGAGAAGAAGCAUGCUGCCUCCUUACGGACAUUUCAGGAGCAGGAGAAUCUCACAAGCACAAGGAGCAUGGCUUUGCCUGUUCCUUGUAUUUGCAUCCGUUGCAGGCGCUGCAAGGAGACCUCUUGAAUAUGUUGAAGGCAUAAAGACAGCUGAGGCAUCUGCCGAUGCAAAGGAAGAUCCCCUGCUGGCGAGUACCGUAUUCCCUCUCUAUGACAAGCUUACUGCCGCCAGCAUCGUCCCCAGUCUGAUGAACCUCUUCAAAGAACUAGAGCAGGACAUCGACAAGCUGGAGGCCUCUGCGCCUACCACCUGGGCUGACCUUGUCGAUCCCUAUGAACGUCUCAAUGAUCGUCUCAACCUUCCUUGGGGCAUUGUCACACAUCUGGAGGGAGUGAAGAAUAACGACGAGCUGCGAGCAGCAAUGGACCAGCUGAAUCCAUUGCAAGUGCGCAUCAGCCAGCGCCUCGGCCAGAGCUCUCCGCUGUACCAGGCAUUCAAAAUCAUUAGGAACAAUUCGACAGGCCUUACAGAGGCCCAACAGCGUGUCUUGGAUGGGGCUAUAAUCAAUGCAAAGCUCAGCGGAGUGGACCUGCAGGUGGAAGCAACAGAUCGCUUCAAUGAGAUCACCCAGCAGCUGUCAGCGCUGUCGAACAAUUUCAGCAACAACGCCUUGGAUUCGACGGCCGCCUUUAAAUUGCUUGUCACCGACAAGAAGGGCCUGGGUGGCUUGCCAGAGAGCUUCCUCGCACAGGCCGCCCAAAGGGCUAACAAAGCAGGGAACGAUGGGGCGACACCGGCAGACGGUCCUUGGCUCAUCACCCUGGAUGCGCCAACCUACACUAGUGUCAUGUCUUAUGCUGACAACAGGACCCUGCGUGAGGAAGUGUACAGGGCGUACAUCUCACGUGCAUCAUCCGGAGCAGCGGACAACACUCCAAUCAUUGAGACAAUGAUGGCGCUGAGGCAGGAGCAGGCUCGCCUUGCCGGCUACACAGAUGCUGCAGAAUACUUCAUGGCCAACAAGAUGGCCACUCCCCAGACUGCUAUGGACCUCGUUGAGCAGUUACGAGAGGCCUCAUACAACACAGCAGCGAAAGAAUUGAAGGACCUGAGGCAGUUUGCGGCUUCCCAAAAUUUCACCGAGACGCUGAUGAAUUGGGACAGUGCAUACUGGGCACAGAAGCAGCAGCAGGCCCUGUUCAACCUGAAUGAUGAGGAUGUGCGGCCUUAUCUGCCCCUGCCAAGGGUCUUGGAAGGACUCUUUGCGUUGGCCAAGCGCCUCUUCAACGCCACAGUGGAGGCCGCUGACGGAGAAGUGCCGGUCUGGGAUCCGACUGUGCGAUUUUUCCGUGUGUAUCGCAAUGGAGAUCUGAAAGCUCACUUUUACCUGGACUCCUUCGCAAGGCCUGGAGAGAAGAGCGCUGGGGCUUGGCAGUCUUCCAUGGUUGGGCAAUCAGCACUGCUGGCAGCACCAGGAGAGAAGCUGAGAUUGCCCGUGGCAGUUCUGGUCACAAACCAGUCGCCCCCUGUUGGUGACAAGCCCAGCCUGAUGACAAUGUACGAGGUAGUCACGCUGUUCCACGAAUUUGGACACGGCCUUCAGCACAUGCUGACCACUCAGACUGACGUCCUUGUGUCCGGCAUUGCGGGCAUAGAGCAAGACGCUGUCGAGCAACCCAGCCAGUUUCUAGAGAGAUGGGCGCAUGAAAAGCCAGUGCUUCUUUCAUUUGCACGCCACUACGAGACAAAUAAGAGCAUGCCAGAAGACUUGGUAAAUAAAAUAGAGGCAGCUCGCAACUACAGGUCUGGCACAGACACGCUGCGCCAGCUGUACUAUGCCUUGAUAGAUCUGAAGAUUCACUCGAGCUACAAUCCACAGCCCGGUGUCUUCCUGCAUGAGACGGACCUGUACAAGGACGUCAUUGCUAAGACUAAUGUCAUGGCCCCUCUCCCAGAAGACAGGUUCCUGUGCACAUUCACCCACAUUUUCAGUGGUGGCUAUGCCAGCGGCUAUUACGGCUACAAGUGGGCCCAAGUGAUGUCUAUUGAUGGAUUCAGCGCUUUCCAAGAAGUUGGCAUGGAUAAUGAAGAAGCAAUUGCGAAGGAGGGGCUCAAGUACAGGGAUACCAUUCUCUCCCUUGGAGGGGCUCGUGCACCAGCACUUGUAUUCCAGGAUUUCAGAGGGCGACCAUCAUCAACGACUCCAAUCUUGCGCGAUGAAAACCUUCUCCAAGCUGACACUGGAAGUGUGCAGACACAAUCUUUGGUGUCAGCAGCGACAAGCCAAAGGGCAAAUUGAUGAGAGUGACCCUUUCUGGAAUGUACACUUUGUGCAUGAAAGAGCUCUUUGAUGGUAUUUGUGGCUUGGACAUAUAAGAUAGCAGGAGUGAAAUGGCUAGUGCUUAUGUAAAUAUUCCCAAGGAGUCCUUGCAUAGUCUUGGAUGACAGAAUGAAUAAAGCAGCAAAUUGUAAAUUGAUUUCGGUCGUGUAAGUUGUGCAAUAUUGUC